AUGACUACAGCUGUGACUGUGAGGGUGUCCUCUCAAGUGCCUAUCCGAGGUCCUGGAGAUGGAAUGGAAACAGAAAAACCAAAAACGACCAUUGAAGUUAGCACAGACAACCCACCCUCACCAACUUCGUCUAUUUUUCCACUUCUAAAAGAAGCGAGUCCUAAACGAAGCCCAAAAUCUACUGUCCCAUCCCUACCUCCUUCCCCUCAGCCUCCCGGUGUGCUACAUUUUGGGAAAGUAAGUCGAGAGGCAUGUACAGAGGUAGAAGCAGUGAGGAUAUUGGUGCCUCGGGCCGCUAUAAGCAGAAGCAGCAACAGAGGCCCCACGGCAGAGAGCAGAGGAGAGUCUGGACAACAGGUUGACGAUCAGGGAUUGCAUCUAUUGCCCCUGGUGGAAGACUGGAAAGUACAACUGGAUAAACUGCAGAACUCGGAACGAAGACUGCUGCAGGACAAAGAAGGGCUGUGCAACCAGUUACGUGUGCAAACAGAGGUGAACCGUGAGCUGAAGAAGCUGUUGGUGGCCUCAGUAGGCGAUGACCUCCAGUAUCAGUUUGAGAGAUUGUCCAGAGAGAAAAACCAGCUGAUCCUGGAGAAUGAGGCUUUGGGCCGAUGUCUGUCCCACACCGCUGAGCAGUUGGAACGCAUGAGCAUCCAAUGUGACGUCUGGAGGAGCAAGUUCCUCGCCAGCAGAGUGAUGGCAGAGGAGCUGACAAAUGCCAGAGCGGCUCUACAGAGACAAACACGAGAGGCACAAGGAGCAAUUCAAGACCUGCUUCUAGAAAGAGAAGAGUUCUCCAGAGAAAUGGUUCAGACGCACAGAUCCCUGGAGCAGCUCUUGGUGUCCCUACAGUGGGGCCGGGAGCAGACGUACUACCCCAGCGCACAGCCCCUCAGCUCAGGAGAACUGGCUUCAUCCAACCACAAACUCGCAGACGCCAUCAACUCUCACCUGCUGGGAAACACAAGCAGCAAGGUGGCUAAAGGCAGCAACAGCAACCCCGAACAGCUCUGCAGCACACCAGCCGAAAAAAUGGCAGAGAAGGUACUUAAGAUCUUGGACCCAAUAUCUCCUUCUGAGGAACAGACUCAGACGCCUUUAAGUGAUGAUUCCUCCACUAACUUUCUUAAUAAUAAAAAGAGUAUUGGCAGGUUUCACCCGUAUACUCGAUAUGAAAACAUUACCUUCAACUGCUGUGAGCGCUGCACUGGGGACAUCUUGGUGCUGUAA